AUCCAUCUCUAAAAGAAUCGAAAAUGGAGAAUCGAGAAUCACUAUCGUUCUAAUCGCGAACACGUUAAACAUAUGGCUCCAAAUCUGCGUCUUUCAAAACGAAGUUCCGUCAUUAGAAUUCGCGUUGCAUGAACAGUCCAUUAUCUUUAUAGAAUUUAACGAGAUAUUUUACAGAUACAGAUAUGCAGCGUAAUAUACUCCGAGCGUCAAAUUUCCAGUUAUUGCAGAGACGCUUUUUCAAGAAAUAUCACGUCAGGGUUAGAUUUGCCCCCAGCCCCACUGGGCAUUUGCACUUAGGAGGAUUACGUACUGCGUUGUAUAAUUAUUUGUUUGCACGUAGCAACAAUGGUACCUUCGUCCUGAGAAUUGAAGACACCGAUCAGACAAGAACUAUUCCUGGGGCAGUAGAGAAACUUCAGGAUGAUUUGCUAUGGGCAGGAAUUAUUCCCGAUGAGGAUCCUACCAGAGGUGGUCCAACUGGUCCCUAUGUGCAGUCAUCACGACUUGAAUUAUACAAGGAACAAGUGCUUAAACUCUUAAACAAUGAGUCUGCCUACUAUUGUUUUUGCACAGAGACGAGACUGAAUUUAUUAAGAAAGGAAGCAAUGAAGCGUGGGCAAAUACCUAAAUACGAUAACAGGUGUCAGCAUUUUAGUAAAGAUGAAGUGAAAGAAAUGUUUAGGAAGAACUCAUCUUAUUGCAUCAGAUUUAAGUUAUCCACACCAAAACCCUUUUACGAUAUGGUUUAUGGAGAUGUAUUGCACGAUAUUACCAAGACUGAAGGGGAUCCAAUCAUUGUAAAAUCAGAUGGCUAUCCUACUUACCAUUUUGCAAAUGUGAUCGAUGAUCAUUUUAUGGAAAUUUCUCAUGUCUUACGAGGUGUUGAGUGGCAGGUUUCUACACCCAAGCAUAUUAUGCUUUAUAAUGCGUUUGGUUGGGAUCCUCCCAUGUAUGGGCAUUUACCUUUAAUAUUAAAUGCAGAUGGAUCCAAAUUAUCAAAGAGACAAGGUGACAUAAAGAUCGAAUCAUUUAGAGAACAGGGUAUUUUUCCAUUAGCAUUAUUGAACUAUGUGAUAAGCGCUGGCGGUGGUUUUCAUAAAGAACAGCAAAAUCAAGAUCUUUACAGUUAUCAGGAACUAAUUAAAAAGUUUGAUAUUAAUAAAUUAAAAAUAAGUUCCGGCAAACUUAUGCCUGAAAAAUUAUUAGAAUUUAAUAAAUCGGAAAUUACAAAUUUACUGAGAAAUGAGAAGAACCAUAAAUUUCUAAUUGAGCGGGUUAAAAGAUUAGUAUUAAAAACAUUUUCCAAAAGAAAAGAUGAUGGAAGUUUGCAGUUAGAUGAUUAUCACAUAAUAAGCACAUUAAAAUGGUCGCAAAACAGGAUAUCGACACUCAAUGAUCUUGUCAAAGAGGAGCUUGCAUUUUUGUGGAUUGUUCCAAAUAUUGCUUCUGUGCCACAUAUUGAACAAGCUGGAUGCUCAGAUGCGAUUAAACUAUUAAAUGCAGAAUUAGUUGAAAUAGAUGCGAGCAAUUAUAAGACAGAUUGGAUGAUCCCAUAUCUGAGAGACUUUGCCGAAAAGCAUAAAAUUCCGUUUGCCGCUUUGAUGAAAAUUCUGAGAAGUCUUUUGAGUGGCUUAAAGGUUGGACCACCCGUUGCUGAAAUGAUGGAAAUUUUAGGAAAAGACAGAACAUUGUUACGAUUACAGCGUUGUGCUUCCUGAGAAUUUACAUAUAUUAUUUAAUCAAAGAUUGUGAUCAUACUUUCUAUUGAUGGUAAGAUAUAUCCGAAAUAGAUCUGUGAUUAAAUCUGUAUGUUUUUACAGAAGACAUACACCAAAAACGGUUAUGCAAAUAUAAUAAACUAUUUGGUAUAAUAUUAUUAAAAUAUCUUCCACAAAUAAUAGCAUUUUAUUGCUGGAAAUUAUAAAAACAAUUUUUAAUUCUGACAUAAUCAAUGGGAUUGAUACUCUAGUCAAGCAUUUUUUGUACAUAAUUUAGAAUAAUUAAAUAAAAAAAUAUUUUGCCUAUAUUUUAAUAUAUUUAUGGAAGAUAUAUAAAUAAUGUGCGAAAGAUAUUCUGAGAGCAACUACAAUAUUAAUAUUUCAUAAUAUUACUAUUUAUCAAAACAUAUGCUUUAUAAUCUUUAAAUAUAUAUAUAUAUAUAUAAUUAGUUAAGAAAAUACUUAUAAACUCUGAAAUAUGUGGAACUUUUUAAGAUUUAACUUUAUUAUAGAAUAUUGAUUUUUGAUACAGUGAAUAGUUUUUGUAUAUCUUCAUUUCAUAUAUAUAAUGUAAUAUAUUAUUUAUAAUAACACUUGCAUACUUAAGUACAAAAAGAUUAUAUAUAAUAAACAUAUAGAAAUAAUGCAUAAUUAUUUUAACAAAACACGUACAAAGUGCAUGUAUACAACAAAUUGAACACUUUUAUUCUUAAAUAGCUUUUUUGAUAUAUUACUAUGCUCUCCUUUUACAUAGCAGGAUUUAUAAUACAUAUUAAACAUUGGCAUAAUGUAUUCGAUGUUAGCAUUGUAGUUAUUAAAAUAAAAUUUGAUAAUAUCAGAGAGACAAAAAUACACUUUAUAAUGCUAACUCUUUGAUACACAAUGAAAGUAAAAGAUUUUUUCACACGCUGUGUGUAAAUAAUUGAAGAUGUUUAUUCUAAAAAAAGUCUGAUUACAAUAAUAAAGUAGGAUAUUAAAAACUAGUACUUAUUAAUAUCUCUUCAUAAAUCCUGCUAUUACAUCAAGAUAUUGCUUGACAAAAAUUUUGCCAAUUAUUAUUAUUAUGUCUGGUAAUAUAAUAAUUCUUCAGACUAUUUGAAUAUAAUAAUUCAAAGUUUGGCAUGUCAUACUCUUUCAAAAGCUUUAUUAUAAAAUUAUUAUAAAACCCAUUUUAAAAAAUCUAAACUUGUGCUCAUGUAUAAGAUCUGUUAUUAAAAAUUAACAAAUGUUUUUCUCUUUCAUAAGUCUCAUUAAAAAAAUGUUUACAACAAAAUGUUUUAUAUAAAAUAUUUUAUAUGUAUCUCUCGGGAAGAGCAUUCAAUCAGUAAAUACAAUAAAACUUGAUGCAAAAAAAUUCUGAAUAUUAUUUAAUAAGUAUAAAUGAAUAUUAUUUAAUGAGUAUAAAUCCUAUUUAAGUAUAAACGCUAUUCUCAGUGCAAUUCAAGAAUAAUAGUAUAAAUAUUCGUUAUCAAAAAAUUAAAACUCUAAAUCGAAGUGCUUGACAUAGAUCGAUUCACAUUCUUAUGUACUCAUAAGCUUACAUUGCAAAAUCUUAAUUUAAAAAGAGAUGAUACAAUAAAACCUUACAAUACAAUUAAAAUAAUUAUAUUGCUAAUAUUUGGGUAAAUUAUAUGUUAAUAUUAUAGACAAUAACUGUUCAUUAUAGAUUAAGAGUCUUUAUCACAGUACUUUUAGAUUUAUUUUGUAAUAUACUUAUGGUCCUAUUCUGUAAACAGAAAACUUUGUUAUCUAUUUUGGAUGUCUUUAUCGUGAUCUGUAUAUUAUUACGAACAUUUCCACACAAGACUGUAAAAUGUGUCAAUUAAUUAUAUUUAAAUAUAGAUAUUUAUAUAUCAGUAUAUGUAUGAUUUUAUAAAGAGAUCUAUCAAAAACAAUAUUGAUAAAAUAAGCGACAAAAACGGGAAGAUAUUUACUUUGAUUUGAUUUCCAAGAACAGAAAAAGCAAUUUUUAGAAUUUUCUACAUCUCUCUCGCGAAUAGUUUCAAUAUUAGCAAAUAUAAUAUUAUUUCAAAUUGUUCUAGAGAUUCGCUAUAUACAAACUCAAAUAUUUUUAAGUACUGAUUUCAAGCUAAUAUAUAUACUAUGUGUAGAAUAUAUAUGUAAUAUAACACCAUUGCUCUUAUACAUACAUGUAUAUAUGUUACAUGCACAUUUCAAAGAUAUUAUUUAAUUAAUUAAGUCAAUAAUAGUUCUAUAUAAAAAGGAAACAAGAAAAAUUAACACAUCUGAUUGAAGUAAUAAAGGAACGAUUCACUGUGUGAAUACAUAUUUAUAAUUACUUGUUAUAAUAACACAUUUUUUGCAUUAGAAGAUUAAGCAGCUACACAAAAUUUAUCACAGAUACAAAAGAGUAAAAUGCUUUUAAAAUCAUAUGAUACGUCUCAAAUGUGAAAGAAAUAUUGAAAAACAUACAGAUGUGCGCGAGUAGGUUUCUAGAAAACUACGAAUACUAUUCUUCUCCAACUUCCUCCAAAGAGACUUACUAUUACUUACUUUGAUUACAUAUACAUUAUUAAUAAUAUAAUAAAAUGGUAUAUUUUUUUCUAGGAACAGUAAUUGAAUAUGUUAAAUACAUUCGUUUUUAUGUAACAUACCUUUCCAAUGUUUUAAAUUGUGAAGUAUGCAUAUGUUAUUAAAUAUUUUAUUUUAAUAAGUAUAUAAAACAACAAUAUAUGUAUAUGUGUAUGUGUAUGUGUGUGUGUUCAUUAUUUUGGAAAGGAAUAUCUUACAACAAUAUAUUUUAUUCGUGCGUGUUAUACACGAUAAUACGAGAGAGAUUGUCAAUUCUGUAUAUUAGGAAUUUUACUGCAGAAAAUAUCCCCGACGAAUAUACACAAGAUAACAUUUACAGAAUUAUCUCUAGAUUUAAAAAGGAGUAGAAGACUAAGUAAUAAGAAUUGACAAAUAUUAUAUAAACGAACAUGGAGAUUAUUCAAAAUAUCAAUUUUAAGGACACAUAAACGUUAUCUCUAAUUUAUUAAUUUUAUUUGCAUUAUUUUUUAAAUUGAUUUUGUUUUUUUAGACGUUCAAUAAAUUAUCUCUAGAAGAUAUAUAUAUCGAAGUAAUUAAAUUAUAUAAAGUUCAUUGUUAUAAUGUUAUAUUUAAACGUUAUAAUUUCGAUUAUAAUUUUUAAUUUUUCUCCCCCCUUUCGUAAAAGGAUAUUAGAUUGUAUAAAUUAAAAAUCAUCGAAUGUAAUAUUAUCCUAUAUAAUACUGCAUUACAUUAUUGCAACAAUGUUAUCUAUUAAGAUGCGAAAUUCUGUUGCAUGGCUGUAAUGACAUAAAUUUUGUAUAGUCAUAUAAAAAAAAUAUUUUUAUAUAUAGAUAUAUAUGUAUAUAUAUAUAGAUAUUGCGCGUUAGCGAAGUUUCGUAUAGUUUAGUUUCGUAUUUCUAAAUUAACAAUAAAAAAAGCAUAAUACGUAAUUAAUGCCAUAUCAUUCAUGUACAGUACAUGUAACAGUAUAUGACUGUAUUCCUUGUCUGUAUGCAAGAUUAGUGAAUCUAGAGUAGGCACUUUUGUCCUUUCAGAUAUAUAUAUAUAUAUUGGAAUGUAAAGAAAAUUUUAUUAAGUCGCAAAUAACUUGGUUUUAAAUUUGUUAACAUGUUUUAUAUUACAAGUUAUUAUAUAAAAGACAAAGAUAAAUGAGUCGUCGGUAGUGCGUUAAUAUCGGACAACCUGUGGCGAACUUGUGGUUGAACAUUGUCAAUAAAGAAUCUAUAUUUUUUUCUGUGUGUUAUGAUAAGAAUAUAUUUUACAUUUAUCUCUGCGUAAUUGUUUUUAGUGUGUACUCACAGUUUGAUUCUACUUUGUUUUAAGUUUGUCAGUUAAUUGUAUUUUAUUUUCUAUUUACUUUUAUAUUAAUUAAUUACGUGGUUUAUCGCAUAAACUAAAUACACUACUGCAAUAUGCUCAUCUGUGUGAGUGAAUUACUCUCUGUAUAUGAGAAGUAUAAUAAUCGAGAUUCUUCAAUUAUCACAUAAUAACAAAAUAAAAACGGGUCAAGAAACGGCUAUCGGAAAAAAAAAAAAAAAAAAAAA